UCUGAAGCGAUGAACAGGGAAUAUCAGCACAAAAUCUUACCUGAAAUACCUUGAAGAUUCCUUCAUAUCGUGGAUAUCUGAGGAAAUGAUAACGUGUUGUUUUUGAGGCAAUAACUGGCUUUUACGAGGAGCUGUUUCCCUUUCGCGCAAUGGGAGGUGAAUGGAAGUUAAUGGGCGCGCGGUAUGGUUCCUUAAAUCCAGUUUUAUGACAUGAAGUUUUUGCUUUUAACCUCUUUUGAUAGCAGAGCCAUGGAGAAGCGCAAAAGACUGUUAUUUUUCUUUUUUUACUCGAUGGCAAAGUUUUACCUUAGUGAACAGCAGGUCAUACGAAUUGGAGGCAUCUUUGAGACACGGGAAAAUGAGCCUGUCAGUAUGGAUGAACUUGCCUUUAAAUUUGCUGUUACAAGUAUCAAUCGAAACAGAACAUUGAUGCCAAACACCACAUUGACCUAUGACAUACAGAGAGUAAACCUCUUUGACAGCUUCGAAGCCUCCAGAAGGGUGUGUGACCAGUUGACCCUGGGGGUUGCGGCAGUCUUCGGCCCCUCUCACAGCUCCUCAGUCAGUGCUGUUCAAUCCAUUUGCAAUGCCCUAGAGGUGCCGCACAUCCAGACACGCUGGAAACACCCGUCUGUGGACAAUAAAGACAAUUUUUACAUUAACCUCUACCCCGAGUACACCUCCAUAAGCAGGGCUAUCCUGGACAUUGUCAUUUUCUACAAAUGGAAGUGUGUAACUGUGGUUUAUGAGGACAGCACAGGUUUAAUGCGUAUGCAGGAACUGAUCAAAGCUCCAUCUAAAAACAACUUGAAGAUCCGUAUCCGCCAGCUGCCGUCGGGAGGAGGCGACAGUCGCCCCCUUCUGAAGGAGAUGAAGAAAGAGAAGGAGUACGUCAUCUUCGACUGCUCCUACCAAGUAGCCGCCGAGCUUCUCAAACAGCUGAUGUCAAUGGGCAUGAUGACGGAGUACUAUCAUUUCUUCUUCACUACAUUGGAUCUAUUUGCUUUGGAUCUUGAGCCGUACCGCUACAGUGGAGUCAACAUGACUGCCUUCCGCCUCCUGAAUCUUGAUGAUUCGUAUGUGGCUUCUGUGAUCCAGAAGUGGUCCAUGGAGCGCCAGCUGGCACCCCCUAAACCUGAGAGCGGAUUGAUGAGCGGCAUCAUGACUACAGCGGCUGCGCUCAUGUAUGACGCAGUGUUCAUGGUUGCUGUGGCAUCUCAGCGGGCCACACAGAUGACAGUGAGCUCCCUGCAGUGCCACAGACACAAACCCUGGAGGUACGGCCCGCGCUUCAUGAACUUGUUUAAAGAGGCCCAGUGGGAUGGUUUGACAGGACGGAUAGUGCUUAACAAGACUGAUGGGCUGCGGAAAGAGUUCAACUUAGACCUCAUCAGCCUGAAGGAGGAUGGGACGGCCAAGAUUGGAGUGUGGAACUCGUACACGGGCCUCAACCUGACUGAGAUAAAAGACAAUAAAAACAUCACCGAUUCUCUGGCCAACAGGACACUUAUCGUCACCACAAUUCUGGAGAACCCGUAUGUUAUGUAUAAGAAGUCAGACAAGGUGUUAUAUGGGAAUGAACGCUUUGAGGGCUACUGUCUGGACCUGCUGAAGGAGCUCUCUAACAUCUUGGGAUUCACCUACGAAGUCAAGCUGGUUACUGAUGGCAAAUACGGGGCUCAGAAUGACAAAGGCGAGUGGAAUGGCAUGGUUCGGGAGCUGAUCGACCACAUAGCAGACCUGGCUGUUGCUCCGCUGACCAUCACUUAUGUCAGAGAGAAGGUUAUUGACUUCUCCAAACCCUUCAUGACCCUGGGGAUCAGCAUACUGUACCGCAAACCAAACGGAACCAAUCCAGGGGUGUUUUCCUUCCUCAACCCCCUCACCCCAGAUAUCUGGAUGUACGUGCUGUUGGCCUGUUUGGGAGUGAGCUGCGUGCUAUUUGUGAUUGCCAGGUUCACACCAUAUGAAUGGUACAACCCACACCCCUGCAACCCUUCAUCUGAAGUGGUCGAAAACAACUUCACACUGCUGAAUAGUUUAUGGUUCGGCGUCGCGGCUCUAAUGCGUCAAGGAUCUGAGCUGAUGCCCAAAGCUUUGUCCACCAGAAUUCUGGGAGGGAUUUGGUGGUUCUUCACUUUAAUCAUCAUAUCUUCCUACACAGCCAACCUGGCCGCGUUCCUCACAGUAGAGAGAAUGGACUCCCCAAUCGAUUCGGCUGACGAUUUGGCUAAACAGACUAGAAUUGAAUAUGGAGCAGUGAGAGAUGGCUCGACAAUGACUUUCUUUAAGAAAUCAAAAAUAUCAACGUACGAGAAGAUGUGGGCAUUCAUGAGCAGCAGGAAGAACACAGCCCUGGUGAAGAACAGCAAGGAUGGUAUUACGAGAGUCCUGACCACCGACUACGCUCUCCUGAUGGAGUCCACCAGCAUUGAGUACAUCACCCAGAGAAACUGCAACCUCACACAGGUCGGAGGCCUGAUCGACUCUAAGGGCUAUGGAGUUGGCACACCGAUAGGCUCGCCGUACCGGGACAAGGUGACCAUCGCCAUCCUGCAGCUCCAGGAAGAGGGAAAACUGCACAUGAUGAAAGAGAAAUGGUGGCGAGGAAAUGGCUGUCCAGAAGAGGACAGCAAAGAGGCCAGUGCCCUGGGUGUGGAGAAUAUCGGAGGCAUCUUCAUCGUCCUGGCGGCCGGACUCGUGCUGUCUGUGUUCGUGGCCAUCGGAGAGUUCAUCUACAAAUCACACAAAAACAGCGAUAUUGAAGAGUGUGUCUCUUUCAGUGCUGUGAUGGAAGACCUGGGCAUAUCCCUCAGGUGCCACAAGGCGUUGAGGAAGAGAGGCAGACACAGAGGAAGAGCAGGCCUGUCUGGAGUCUUAUGUAACCCCAAACGCAUCCCGAGGAAAGAGACAAUGGCCUAGAUCCUCCUCCAACCGCCACACAACCUGCCGGUGAAAUCAGUCUCUGAGGCUGUGUGUUUUUCAUUCAAUCUCUGUGCUUUUUAUUCAUGAAUUUGCAGGCUUUUAUAUGAGUGGAUUGUGGUAAUUUCACAUAGACCUUGGAAAUAUCUUGAGCCGAUGGAACUGGAGACGAAAGGAAUAAUUUAUUUUGAGAUAUUUACUAACGUACAAGCACAUGGCGUAAUUUGGUAGCAUUUUAUUGUGCAGUCCUUGAUUUCAUAAAUAAAAGCAUACAUAUUUUACACACA